AUGAAGCAGCAGAAGAAGCUCAAACCUUCCUCACUCAUUUCAUCUCUUACGAUUUCCGAUUCCAUCUCCGCCGUGCCGUUAAAGGUCUCGUCGCAAGACCUUGGGGCAAACGUUCACGGAGUGUCAGGCCCCAGUGUGGCAACAAGAAAGAGCAAAAAAGAUGAAGAUCAAGGAGAGAUCGGUGAUAACCAACUACGGAACGGAGGAGUGUUCUGGUGUUUGUUGCAAUCGGAGGUGACGAAUGAAACGAAGAGAAACCCGAUCCUAGCCGCGAUUCCUUCAGGUUUGGUUUAUGAACUUUUUUGA